AUGUCCUCUUGCUUUUUGGUUAUCACACCGAGUUCUGAUGUUGCCUGGGUCUGGUUUUCAUCUCCCCCGGUGACGCUCCUCCGACUGGCCGCCCCUUUCACGCACCAGCAGCUGCUGGGUAGUGCCGCCCGUCCUCCCCGGCGCCGAGGUACCACGGCACUCGCCCACCACGCCCAGGAGCUGGCUACCUUUCCCGGUCUGAAGGACCUGGAGAAGGAUAAUGCGGGGCAGGUGACACUGAUCCCCGAGGAGCCCGAGGACAUGUGGCACACCUACAACCUGCUGCAGGUGGGUGACAGCCUGCGGGCCUCCACAAUCCGGAAGGUGCAGACCGAGUCGGCCACGGGCAGCGUGGGCAGCAACCGCAUCCGCACCACCCUUACCCUCUGCGUGGAGGCCAUCGACUUUGACUCACAGGCCUGCCAGCUCCGGGUCAAGGGCACUAACAUCCAAGAAAAUGAGUAUGUCAAGAUGGGGGCCUACCACACCAUCGAGCUGGAGCCCAACCGGCAGUUCACGCUGGCAAAGAAGCAGUGGGACAGCGUGGUGCUGGAGCGCAUCGAGCAGGCCUGCGACCCAGCCUGGAGCGCCGAUGUGGCAGCCGUGGUCAUGCAGGAAGGGUUGGCUCAUGUCUGUCUGGUCACUCCUAGCAUGACGCUUACCCGUGCCAAGGUGGAGGUGAAUAUCCCCCGCAAACGGAAAGGGAACUGCAGUCAGCACGACCGGGCCUUGGAGAGGUUUUACGAGCAGGUGGUGCAAGCCAUCCAGCGGCAUAUCAACUUUGAGGUGGUGAAGUGUGUGCUGGUGGCUAGCCCAGGCUUCGUACGGGAGCAGUUUUGUGACUACAUGUUCCAGCAGGCGGUCAAGACUGACAACAAGCUUCUGCUGGAGAACAGGGCCAAGUUCCUACAGGUCCACUCUUCCUCGGGACAUAAAUACGCAUUGAAGGAAGCUCUCUGCGACCCAGCUGUAACUAGCCGUCUCUCUGACACUAAGGCAGCUGGUGAGGUCAAAGCCUUAGAUGACUUCUAUAAAAUGCUGCAGCAUGAGCCUGACCGGGCUUUUUAUGGUCUAAAACAUGUGGAGCAGGCCAAUGAAGCCAUGGCAAUCGAUACCUUGCUGAUCAGCGAUGAGCUUUUCAGGCACCAGGAUGUGGCUACCCGCGCCCGAUAUGUUAAAUUGGUAGACAGCGUACGGGAGAACAUGGGCACAGUACGCAUCUUCUCCAGCCUUCAUGUGUCUGGAGAGCAGCUUGGCCAGCUGACGGGGGUGGCAGCCAUCCUGCGCUUUCCUGUGGCUGAGCUCUCUGACCAGGAAGAUGAAUCUAGUUCUGAAGAGGAUUGAUAACAGUGAACUUCACAGUUUCUUUACCAAGUCAUGUUGAAAUGACAUUAAAGACCCUCCCUGCCUAAAUACCGUGUGCAGAUGUGCCAUGACCUGUAAUUUAAGUUUUUGAUAGUAUUUCAUACAGCAUAUAGCUCUGCUCAGCACACUAAUGGAUAUCUGUUCUGUGGUAAUGAUUAUUGGUAUGCUGUGUGUUGGAGUUGACUGGUUUUGCACGUUACACCCUGGACCUCCAGCAGUACAAGAAACUAAUUUGACUCCCCAAAGCUGCUCAUUGUGCAUAUUAAGGCAGACUGGCAGCUUGGUGUUUUGGAAUGUGUAUGAAAAGAUAAUAAACUAAGAGGGAGAAAA